CACUACAUAUGUUUAUAAACUAUUUAUUGUUAAAAAAAUAGAUGCUUAAAUUACUCCUACGUAACUUUUAACCCAUCUCUUAACCACUAUGCUAAGAGAGGAAAGUCAAGGAGUUUUUGAAACAAACCAGAUGCAAAAUUAUAUAGAAAAUUUGUCACUGCACUGUUCUUGAAGAAAUUAUAAAGUGAGGAUAGUAGAUAUUUUAGUUAGGGAAGUUCAACUUUAGCAUAGGGCCCAAUUUAUACGAAAUUUAUAAAACUCAAUUUUCCAACCCAACAAAAUGACUAUUUUGUAGCCAAUUCGCUGAAUCCUUGGCUGCCCCAACCAAUUCCAUCCAUUUCCUGAUCCCUCCAUCAUUUUCAUGGCCCAAUAAAAGUGUGUAACCAAAGAAAGAAACAGAGUGUUCCCGCCAACUCGAAAUCAGCUACAUCAUUGCACUCUACGGGAGAACUGAACCUGAAGAAUUCUCAGAAAAAUAACAGAAAAAUGGACGCAACGAAAUCAAGAAGAAAAGCCAGCGAAAGGAAACCCUUCAUUGAUCUCAGCAAUACAAUCCCAUCAUCUCUUCCUUCUUCACAAUCCUCUUCUUCUUCUUUAAUCAAACCCCAAACCAAAUCUUCACUCUCUUUGCCUCUUGAAUACCUUCUCAACGACAACCCCAAUUCAAACCUUAAUUAUAACUACAAGUUUACUGGAACUGAGUCCAACACCAUGAUAAUAUUAACUAUGACAAGAAUAAGAAGAAGAAGGAGAACGAAAAGGGUUCAAGUAACAAGGCAAACCCUAGCUUGUCUCCGCCGCCGAAAACGCCUUUUGUUUCGGGUUCUGAGCCUUCUACAGUUUACAAAGGAGAUAUACUGCCAAAAAAAGGAAGAGUAAAGGGAAGGAAAUGCUGGAGCCUUUGAGUUACUCUCUUGAAACAAGGAUUCCAGACUUAAGGAAAAGCAAAGAUGGAGAUGCUGAUACUAGUCUCUCCAAAUCAUGCCCAAUGCCACUUAAAAAGAAGCAACGCAGAGAGAGGGCUGAGGUAAAUGCUCCCAAGCAUGACUUGUCCCAAGAUUUCAUUGACAAGCAGAAAGCUUAUUUUGCGGAGAUUGAUGCAUUUGAACCGGAAGAGGAGGUGGCAUCAGCUGAUGAGUUGGAAUAGAUGGAAAUAGUAUACAACUGAAUGAUUUAGAAUAAUGCAAUUAAGGUGUUCUAACCCUGUAAUAUUCUUUGUAUAAUUACCGACAAAUUUUGGCAUAAUAACCACCUUACCUAGCUAUAUCAGAUACUUGAGAGUCUUCCCCAUCAUAGUCUAGUGCAACCACUUGUAGUUAUCACCAUGAUAGUCUAGUUUACAGUAUUGUUAUCAACACAUGGGCUCGAUUCCUCUGCAGUUGUGAAUUAUUGAUAUCAUGUCGUUAUUGAGGAAUUGCUUGUCAAAUCUGUGUGGUGAACAAAAUGUUGGACACCAUCCAAGUCUUCGCUGUUGUAGUACCAAUAAUGAUGGGCUAUGCAGCAAUCCUGUUGUACCAAUCAACCACGCUUGAACCCUUUUGCCUUAUUGGAAAGGCUUGAAUCGGACUCCUUUUGGUUGGGGUGAUGGAGCCUACUGAAAGAAACUUUUUACCCCAUGUUGGGGCUAAAUGAGUCUGGUUUAUCCAUUUCUUUUCAAUAGGUCAAAAAUGCUACCUGUUAUAGAUAAAAGUAGUCUUCUAAUUGGUAUAUCGUAUAGAUUUUUUUGAUAGAAAGAUGUCGCAGUGGCCUAAAACAUGAGAACGGAUUGUAGA